CCUAUUUACUGAUUGAAGCAGGAAAGGUAAAGUCAGUACCUGAAUGUCAUUGCCAUGAAGCUAUACCACUUGUGCUUUUUGUUUGCUCUGCUUUUCCAAUUGAGUACAAGUGAAUCCUUCAUAGUAACUGCUGAAGAUGACGACUCUAAACAAUCCCUAGAGACCAGCGAUAUUUCCCCCUCUUUAAGGGAGUCAAAUUAUCUACCUCUGAACAGAGCAGAAAAUUCUCAAGAAAUUCAGACUAGACAGCUUCUAGGUGGUCUUCUAGGAGGAGGUGGCCAAGGGGGCGGAGGACAGGGAGGAGAUGUUGGUGGAGGACAAGGUGGUGGAUUGUUGGGAGGGCUUCUCGGAGGUGGGGGAGGGGGUGGAGGUCUUCUGAGCGGUGUUUCGGGGUUGCUUGGAGGUCUUUUACAACCUUUACUGGGGAGAAAGAAAAGAUCUCCUCUAAGUGAAGAAACAAUCAAAUUCAGAACAAGAAGAGGAGCUGAUGAAUCACUCAACGUACCUGAAAACACAAUCCGAGAAAAGGAGAAGAAACAGAAUACUGAAGAUGUAGAAAUUCAUUCAAAAAAUUCAGAUGAUUCUAAUCAGGGUGAAAGUAGUGAGGAAACAAAAUCAAGAACUGUUCAGGAAAAUUUAGAAAAUGAGGAAAGUGGAGAGGGUUAUAAUGUAAAAUCAACUGAAUUGGAUACAGAAGACAUAGAUGCAAAUAAAAAUGCAGAACAUCAAAAAACUAAAAGAGAUGGUGAAGAUCCUAAAGUAAGAACUACGGCUGAAAACCUAGAAAACAGUGUUAUGGAUAACCACAACGCAGAUUACGUGAAGACUACUAGACAGUUUAGUAGGAGUUAUUUUCAGAAAAAGGUUAAUGAAAAGGAAACAAUGGGAUCUAGUGACGUGGAUGAAGAGGAUAAAAAUGAUAAUGAAGAGAAAGUUGUUGAUGGCUUGAGUGAAAGUAAAAAAACAGAGUCAAACAGGAUAAAAGAUGAAAAGGAAAAAAUAAAAUCUGAUAUCAUAAAUAGUGAAGGUUUUAUUUACAAGGAAAACGGCAGAAUUGAUACUAUUGAGCUAAAUAAAAAAUCCUUUAACAAUGAUGAUAGCAAAGCUAUGUAUAUUAAAUAUAGUGAAGACAAUAUGGAACCCACCAGUGAUACAAAUAACAAAAAUCUCAAAAUGAACCAAGAUGGUGACUUUGACGAAACAAACAAUCAAGAAUCUGAAAGACCUGAUGGUGAACAAAAGGAAAAUAAAGAUGACCUUUUGAACACCGUUGAAACUGACAGCAAAGCCAAUGAUAUUAGAAAUAUAUAUACUAAAAAAGCGGACCAGAAUGAUGUAAAACGCUCACAUAGUGAGAUCGGUGAAAAUUAUGACACAGGUGAGGAAUAUUCAGAGAAAAAAUAUUCAGCAGAAAAUAAAGAUGGAAACAGCAUUGAGCAAAGAGAAACUGUAAAUGACUCAUCUUCAAAUAAAAGGGAUGAUCAAGAUGAAGACUACCCUGACUACAGUUCUUAUGAAAACACAGAAGCCAGCAAAAGACAAUCUGAAGAGGAAAGUUCUAAUGACUCCAGCUCUUCAGAAUCAAGAGAAACUUCACCAAGAAGAUACAUACAUCCUCUCUUCCCUUACACAGUUCAAUAUAACAUGGCUGAUGUGUAUAGAAGUAGUAUUAAAAGAAUGUACUUGCCAAUGGUUUACCAACAUCCUCGCCAAAUACUAUACAGAAGACAUCCAAAGUUUCGACUCAAAAGAAGUGUUUUGCCAGCUCAGGCAAGACAGCUGGAAAUGCCUUAUUUAAUGAACCGAUAUCCCACUUCAGUGGCGGGUUCAAAUCUUUUUGGAACUUAUGCAAAUGCACACAGCGGCAAUCCUCUUGGAGGGGAAGAGUUUGGCGAAGAAGAAAUGGGGGAAGAAGAACAAUUUGGGAGAAGAUGAAACACAUUGUACCUUUUGCCAGGUACUUAAUCAGAGUAAUGUUUUUUUAAUCUGUAACAAAGAUUAUUUUGUGUUUUGUUUUAGUACGUUUUCAGUUGGUAAUAUCAUAAGAAGUAGUCCUGUUAGACAUUUUAAAAGUUAGAUUUCCGGAAAGAAAUUUUUAACAUUUUUCAAGUAGGGCCACAUUUGUUUCUUACAAGAAAAUAAUAAAAACAUGAGUUGUAUUCAUGUAUAAUGUGUGUUUUAAACACUCCACCAAAAAAAGGCAUUGUAUAGAGUUUAAAAGAUGGAAAAUCUUUAUAUCUUUAGUGAUGUUUUAAAACACUCAAUACAAGACUUCUGUUUUACUUUGACACUUUCAGUAAAAUAUCCUCUGAAAUUAAUGAGGAUGAAUUAUGUAAGUAAAUUAACACAAGAUAGUUUACAUGUGUGUCCUUGAUGGUUAUUUCCUUCAUUUUAUUAUAUUUAUUUAGUAGUAGCAACUUCUUUGAAGAGUUCUUAACUAAACAAUGAACCUGAGUUUAUUCACUUAGGUUCUCAUUAUGUUGUAAUUAUGUCUUUUAGCUUCUAUUUGUUUCUAUAAGUUUUAAUUUCCAAUGCUUUUAGAAUAAAAUAAAUAUAAAAACUGUU